AUGUCUUUCUCUGGGACAGCCCAAAAUAUCCGUGUUGACGACGGUCACCUUCUGCGGGCUGACCUUCAGAGUGUGGAUGACGAAUGGAAGUAUGCCGAACUUGACCUCAACACGGUUAUUGGCAACAACGAAGGUAAAUUCGAAUGGGAGGGAGUGGACUUCGCCGGAAGCGCCUCUCAGAUUUCUUUCUCUCUCGAGGGCGAUGAUAAUGUCCCAGUUCUGCGUGCCCUUUUGAAAGAUAGCGGAGACGUGGAUCAUCCUGCCGACAUCAACCUCUCGGAGCGUAUCGAGAAUGUCGACGGCGAGUUUGUUUUUAAGUGGAACGCGAUAUAG